AUAGAAGAAAAUAAACCCCAAACCCUUUUGCCUUUUGUAUCUUUCAACGCCACACCCCUCCACAACGCCACCCCUCCACCAAACCCAACCGUCAACAAAUUCAAUUAAAAUAUAUAAAAUAUAAAUCCUAUUUAUUUGAUUGUUCUGCUUUCUGAGACCUACUUCUACGGUCAACAAUCUAUGAAAGCAAAAAAUAAAUAAAAAAUAAAAAAUAGUUCCUUUGCUUUUUCAUGUUUUUAUUUUUUAUUCAAAAAGCUUUGAUCUUUCCUAUAUAUUGAAGAUCUACCGUUCUGGGUUCAACUUAUUCGAGCUUUUCAGAAAACCAAUUGAAUUUUCACCCCAAAAGUCCCACCAUGAUCUGCUCUGUGAAGCAAUACACCGGCGUGACAAAUGGGUCCGACAUCUUUUUACGGCGGAGCACACGACCGCCGCCGGUGCAACGAUCGCUGUUUCUGCCCUCUCUUCCGGCGCACCAGCCUCAGAGAUCAGGAAUCUCGGUGCAAAAGGCCUUGCACGUAUCUGCGAUCGCCACCCUCGGAGCUUUGCCGAAGCCGACUCGAAUGAGUGUGGUUAAAUGUCAGGCGUUCGAGGCUGACCGAUCGCAGCCGAUCGAGUCCAGCGUCGAGCUUCCCAAAGUCGAUGCUAAACUGGAGGCGGCGAAGAAGCUGAAGAUCGGCGUGUAUUUUGCUAUGUGGUGGGCGCUGAACGUGGUGUUCAAUAUAUACAACAAGAAGGUGUUGAAUGCUUACCCUUUCCCAUGGCUGACCUCCACCCUGUCUCUGGCAUGUGGGUCUUUGAUCAUGCUGGUAUCUUGGGCCACCAGGAUUGCUGAGGCCCCCAAAGUUGAUAUGGAGUUCUGGAAAGCUCUGUUUCCUGUUGCUGUGGCGCAUACGAUUGGGCAUGUAGCAGCUACUGUUAGUAUGUCUAAGGUUGCAGUUUCUUUCACCCAUAUCAUCAAGAGUGGAGAGCCAGCUUUCAGUGUAUUGGUUUCGAGGUUCUUGCUGGGCGAGUCCUUCCCUACAUCGGUCUACCUGUCCCUCCUUCCAAUCAUCGGUGGUUGCGGUCUUGCUGCCUUGACAGAGCUUAACUUUAACAUGAUAGGAUUCAUGGGGGCCAUGAUAUCAAACUUGGCAUUUGUAUUUCGGAACAUAUUUUCAAAGAAGGGAAUGAAGGGGAAGUCUGUUAGCGGAAUGAACUAUUAUGCUCUUCUAUCCAUUAUGUCUCUAGUAAUUCUCACACCAUUUGCGAUUGCGGUGGAGGGACCACAGAUGUGGAAAGCUGGAUUUGAUUCAGCAUUUGCUCAAAUUGGACCCAACUUGAUAUGGUGGAUGGCGGCCCAGAGUGUCUUCUAUCAUCUCUACAACCAAGUGUCAUACAUGUCCUUGGACGAGAUUUCUCCCUUGACAUUUAGCAUAGGAAACACCAUGAAACGUAUAUCCGUCAUAGUAUCCUCCAUCAUCAUAUUCCGCACACCUGUCCAGCCCGUCAAUGCCCUUGGAGCUGCUAUUGCAAUUUUCGGAACCUUCUUGUAUUCCCAGGUAAAGCAGUGAGAAGCUCGGGCUUGCGGAAAUUUACGUUCAUGCAACAUAAACGACAGGAAAGGGGGAGGAGGUGGAGCGGUUGGCGAUCCAUGGUUACUGAAUUUUUGGUUGUACGAACCAAGAAUGUGUAAUUGUAGAUACCAAUAAUGGUUGAAACAACAUUUCCACCUGUUAAGAAAGGGAACUAGGCAGUUGUGUUUUUUGUUUUUUUCCAUAUUUUUGUUUGAUGAGGUUGGAGAGAGAAAUAUUUCAAUAAAAAGCAGGGAUAAUAAUAAUGAUACAUGAGACUGUAUCUAUCUUUAUAUCUAUCUAUCUAUCUGCCUUGAGAAA